UGAGCAGGCAGAGUUUGGCCUGCUCGGGUCUCUAAGUGGGAGGUUGUUGUCACUGUCACUUAUAGUCACUGGGUUGCAUACAUGGAGCUGCGCAGUGCUGGGUUAGCAAUGGAUACCCGGGAGGGAGUCUCAACCUUGUCCGCGGAAGGUGAUGACUAUGAGAGCCUGCCAGUCAGUGCGUCGCCUUACACGCAUAUGACAGCCGGUGCUGUAGCAGGGAUCCUAGAACACACCGUUAUGUAUCCAGUGGACUCAGUGAAGACUCGGAUGCAAAGUCUACAACCUGACCCUAAGGCACAAUACAAAGGUGUUUAUGAGGCUCUAAGAACAAUAAUUCGGUCAGAAGGUUUAUUAACACCUUUGCGAGGCAUCAAUGUGACCAUGCUGGGAGCUGGCCCUGCUCAUGCUCUGUACUUUGCUUGCUAUGAGAAGAUGAAAACAACCAUAGGAGUUAAGAUAAAUCAUGUUGGCAACAGCCAUUUAGCAAAUGGAAUAGCAGGAAGUUUGGCAACUCUACUUCACGAUGCAGUCAUGAAUCCAGCAGAAGUGGUAAAGCAACGAAUGCAGAUGUACAAUUCUCCUUACAAGAGCAUGCUUCACUGUAUCCGGACUGUCAGUAGGACUGAAGGCGUAGGUGCAUUCUAUCGCAGCUACACAACUCAACUCACCAUGAAUAUUCCUUUCCAAGCCAUCCACUUCAUCACAUAUGAAUUUAUGCAGGAGCAGCUGAACCCACAGCGGCAGUACCACCCCAGCUCACACAUAGUAUCUGGGGCCAUUGCAGGAGCUGUGGCAGCCGCAGCCACCACCCCAUUAGACGUAUGCAAAACCCUACUGAACACUCAGGAGAACCUAGCUCUUAGCUCACUCAACAUCAGUGGCCACCUUUCAGGCAUGGUCAACACCUUACGGACAGUGUACCAGUUGGGUGGUGUAGGAGGAUACUUUAAGGGUGUGCAGGCCCGAGUCAUCUACCAGAUGCCAUCUACUGCCAUUGCCUGGUCUGUGUACGAGUUCUUCAAAUAUGCUCUCACCAAACGCAAGGAAUAGUUUUUUUAAAAAUAGGAAUGCCAAGAAAUUGUUGUCCUCUCAUUGAACAAUCUACACCUCAUUGUGUAAGAAGUGAGCUGGGCAUCCCUCGCUUUCCUGAUACAGGGCCUCAUUCCUGGUCUAUGCAUAGCACAAUCUUUACCAUUGUGGUAACCAUUUCUUUCAUGUACAGGUCCUCGGAAUGUCGUUAUAGGGGAGAAAGUAUUUUAGUAUUUGUGUCAUUCAUUUUAUAGAUUUUUUUUUUUUUCUCCUGAAAGCAUUUGUUGUGAUCAUAUACUGAUCAUUACCUUGAAACACCUUGAUAAAGUAGAAUGUAUUGGCUGCUGUGUGUGGCAUCCACAGGAUUGCUGUGCAUUAAGGUACUUGGUUUUUCACAGUUCUAAAAUGAAGACCAUAACUGGAAUUUGUAUGUUUUAGCACAAUAAUUUUUAGCGUGUAUACAGGGUCUUCAAUAUUUUGAAGAGUGGUUACUGCUCAAAAUAAUGUGGCAUCAAUACAGCCAUUCCUCUUCCAUAUAUUUUUAGUAAGUUUAUUUAAUAUUUUAAUAUCUAAUAUUACGCACAAAUAAAAUUGAUAUAUAGAGUAAUAUAAGUAUUAAUAUAAUGAACAAAGAGAUUUAUAUAAAUUAUGGUUUCUCUGGAUCAUUAGAGAAACAUAGUGUAAAGAUAAAUGUAUAUAGUUUUAUAUAUAUAUAUAUAUUUUUUUCUUCUAAAAAUUAUUCCAAAGUUAUUAAAUGAGAUAUAUAUAUUCCUUUUUAUCUAUUUGAGAGUGCCAUUAAAGCUUAACGCUUUUUGUAUAAAUAUCUACACACACUAAGAAAGUUCGCUAUUUUUGUAGGUAAAAUACUCCGAUAUAAUGGACUGCUUUUUUAAACAUUUUUUUUAUUUGCAGAUUUAUGACCCUUUAACAGUUUACACAUGGCACUGUUACUCAUUCCAAUAACUUUAUACACAAUGGAGCAGAUGUUUGUAUUUUUCUAUAUGUGCAAUGGAAAUAUGCUAUAUUUUCUAUGUUGUUUUUUUUAAUGGUAAUAAGAAUUAAAGAUAAAAUAAUACUAAGUAAGUAAUUUUAAAGGGGCUAAAAAGUAAAAAAAAUUAUCAAAUGUGUUAGAGUAUUUUUUUUGUUGUUGCCAUAUUAGAGUAUAACUGUUUAUUCACUGCAAAGUAGUUAAACACACAGUUAAAGCCAGCUCCAGAUCAUCAUUCUACUACUGGAUGACAGCUGAACUCAUCUGAUGAGUUAAUGAAAAAAGACCUAAAUGCAUAACCAACAAUCAUCAACUAAUUUCCACCUACCUAGGUAUGCUUUUCAACAAAGUAUGACAAGAGAACAAAUUUGAUAAUAGAUUUAAAUUGAAAAGCCUCUUAGAUUUUUAUGCCCAAAUUUCAGAGAUCUCAACUUUCUGUAAUCCUAUCUGAUGUUUGGAAGCAUAUGGCAGGGGUGGCAAACCUUUUAGAGAGUAUGUUCCCAAAUCUCAAUGAAAAUUGUAACAUUCCUUAAAAAAAAAAAAAAAAUUAAACCGCUCUGGAAAAAAUUAAGAGAUCACAGCAAAA